CGUGGCGAUGGCAGUAAAGUCAGUGGCCGGUGCAAGUGGCGGCGCUGUGGUGGCGGCGGCGGCAAAGGCUUUGGCGGCGGGGUGGGCUGCGGCCCGCGAGCAUGUGGGGGCGGUUGACUUGGCGGUGGCGCUGUUGGGCCUGUUCGUGUUCGGCGCCGCCGUGCAGCGGAUCCGGUCCAAGGGCCCAAUGCUGUGGCCGGUCCUCGGCAUCAUCCCCACCGUCUUCUUCCACCUCAACGAUAUCUACGAGUGGGCUACCGCCGUCGCCGUUAGCGCCGGAGGCACGUUCCCCUUCCGAGGCAUGUGGUUCGGAAAUUGCCACGGGGUGAUCACCGUCGACCCUGCCACCGUCGAGCACGUGCUCCGGACACGGUUCGCCAACUACCCGAAAGGCGCGUACUUCCGUGAGCGCUUCGGCGAGCUGCUCGGCGACGGCAUCUUCAACGCCGACGACCAGGCGUGGCGCGAACAGCGCCGCGCCGCCACGUCCGAGAUACACUCCGCCCGCUUCGCUGCCUACUCCGCCGUCACAGUCGCCGACCUCGUCCGACGUAAACUUCUUCCCAUCCUCUCCGCGGCGGCUGCCGGCGGCCAUCCCGUCGAUCUCCAGGAGCUCCUCCUGCGCUUUACGUUCGACAACAUCUGCGCCGCUGGCUUCGGCGUCGAUCUCGGAUGCCUCGCGCCCAGCCUGCCGGAGGUCCCCUUCGCCCGCGCCUUGGAGGAUGCCACCGAGCUCUCGCUCUUCCGCUUCAUCGUGCCGCCGUUCGUUUGGAAGCUGAUGCGGCUUCUCGACGUCGGAACGGAGAGGCGGCUCAAGGUGGCGGUCCGGCUAGUGCAUAAAUUCGCCGAGAAGACCUUGGCGGACCGGCGGGCGGAAUUUGAGGCCGUGGCCGGAGGAGGCAACUUCUUCCACCGGUCUGACCUCCUGUCCAGGUUGAUCGAUGCCGGCGGAGGCGGCGACGGGAACGGUGCCACCACGUAUUCGAACAAAUUCCUCAAAGACUUCUGCAUCAGCUUCAUCUUGGCUGGCCGCGAUACCACCUCGGUGGCGCUUGCGUGGUUCUUCUGGUUGCUCUCCGAGCACCCCCGCGUGGAGUCGCGCGUCCUCCACGAGAUCGCCGGAAUCAUCAAGAACAGAGCAAAACAGAGCAGUACCCACAACGACGUCGUCUUCAGCGUGGAGGAGGUGAAGAAGAUGGAGUACCUGCAUGCCGCGAUCUCGGAGGCGAUGAGACUGUACCCUCCGGUGCCGGUAGACUUCAAGGAAGCACUGGAGGACGACGUGUUCCCGGACGGAACGGCGGUGCGGAAGGGCGGCAGGGUGAUCUACUCCAUCUACUCGAUGGGGCGGAUGGAGUCGAUUUGGGGCGCAGACUGCCGGGAGUUCAAGCCGGAGAGAUGGAUGAAGGGCGGCGGUGAAGGCGGUGGCACGGUGGGGCUGGUGGCGGAGAGCCAGUUCAAGUACGCAGUGUUCAACGCCGGGCCCCGGGUCUGCGUGGGGAAGAGGUUCGCCUACAUGCAGAUGAAGAUGGUAGCGGCGGCGAUACUGACACGUUUCCGCGUGGCGGUGGUGGCGGGCCACCCGGUGGCGCCGAAGAUGACCACCACCUUGUACAUGAAGCACGGCCUCCGCGUCACCUUCGCCGAGAGAGAACGUCUCCUCGAUUAAUUACUUAAUUAAUUAUUAAUAAUCAUGUGGUUCUCUAAUACAUGCAUUAAAAGUGUGAUUAAUAUAUUAAAUAUCAUAGUUUUGCAUGUGAGUUCGCAUGAUUUGUGCAAUCAAAACU